AUGGCCAUCAGCCUAGACAAGAUCAUCCCGUUCCAGCCCCCGUCCCUCCCAAUAUCACCAGAUUCCCUUCCCCUCAAACUGUUGUCGGCACCAGCACCCGCGGGGCCACGUCCUGCGCUGUUCCCAAAGGCCGUUCCUCAGCACUCCUCGCACCCCCAGCACCCGUUGCCACCCAAGCCCCAGUUUUCUCCCGUCCCUGAAUCUAAAUCCACAGAUGAACGGGCCCAACAGUCCGCAAAGAAGCAGAUUGAUUUUGGAUGCCCGUUCAGAAAUAUCGAGUUUCUUGACUUAACGGGCCUCGAGCACUCCGGGAUUGAAUCUUGUGAUGGUCCCGCGUGCGCAGUCGAGGAUGAUGUAUCUAAACAGGCUCUUCGCUCAGUGCCCGAGCUGUCCCUUGAGCCUUUCUCAGGUACCGAAUAUACACAAUUCAAGCUUGGCGGAAACGCAGAGAUUCUGGAGACCGUCGAAAUUCCAGAACCCCCCCCUCUGGAGUGUUCACCCGCGGUGUCUGCGACUGGAGACGGGAUUGAAUCACCGUCCCUCUUGCGCUCGAAGACGCCGGCGGACGUGACGCCCGGGGGUGCUUUAGCACCUAUCCUGAUCGACUCGGAUGACGACGAAACCGAUGUCGAGGGCCCGCAGGGUACCGCAGGCCAUGCGCACACUGAGCCACUGCCUGAUUGCGGUGCUCUGGAGCCUCGCGCAGAUCCCCGCGACGAGGAUGAGCGGAUAAAGGGAGAGCCAUCGCCGUCACCGUCGCCAUCAUCGUCUCGGCCGCUGCGCAUGGUGGCGGUGGAGGUUCCCGUCCGCCGUGUCACCCCGCACGCCCCUUCCAGCCAGUGUCCAUCGGCCCCCAUCGCUCGAGAGGCAGACGAUAACGAGGGUGACGGCGACAGUGGCUAUGUAGACAGCGAGGGCGAGGACGAUGCUGCGGUAGCAUCAAAGCGGCAGAAGGUCGCCAUACCCCCGCCGUCCGCCUGUCGCGCGCCCUCGGGCCCGUCCUCCCUGCCGGCGGACGCCAUUGUGUCGCUGACGCUUGGAGUCAGCUCGGUCGUUCACCCUUGUAUCACGGAACAUAUACAGGCAUAUGCACAGGCGCAUGGGAGGGUCGCAGAUAGCGUGGUGGACGCGUCGACGCUGGGGUCCGAUAUCAUCUCGGCUGUGGUCGCCCACUUGAUGGGGAGCCCAGCGGUGACCGGCAGUAUAGCUCCCGACAGACUCGGAGGCCCUGAGGCUACGGGGUGCAACAAAGCGGCGAGCUGCACAGACGGGCGAGGUACGGCACCGCGAUGGUCUGAGGCUGAGAUAAACCUCCUCCUGUCCCUGAUGGACGACAGUCAGCCCUUGACUGAGGCAGUGGCGGCGGAGCGUUUACCUGGGAGAAGCUGGGCAUCCGUGCAACAGAGACGCUCGAUUCUCCGAAAAGACAAGAAGGCGGGAGACAAGAAGCUGCAUGUGCCUUCCCGCACGCUGAUGAUCCACGAACGGCCGAAAAAGGGAUCGCCAAGAAGACCCUCCAGCCCCGCCCGGCUCGUACCGCUGGCUUUAAGAUCCGCACCAUUCGCCCCGUCGAAGUCUAUCACCACCACCACAACCACAACCACAACCGCUCCGACGACUACCACGAUGGCCGAACCCAACCCAGCUGACAUGUCGCCGGAGACAGACGCGCCGUGCUUUCUCGCGAUGGAAGCCCACCUAGCAAGCCUAGCCAACCUUUGCCAACCUCAACCCGUCGCCCAAGGCAGACCCGUCGUUCUCCAAUCUCUCAUCUCUGUGCUCCUGAUCUUCUCGAAGACUGCAAAUCGAGGACGAUGUGGGCCAAUCGUCCGGGACGUGAUGUUCGCCGCGCACCACCCUAUGCUCAAGGGGUCAACCGCCCGCAGCCUCCUCAAACGGGCCUGGGGGAUUCUGAUGGGAGCAGGCCUGGAAGAGCUGCUGAUCCCCGCCGGGAUGGCGGUGGCCCAUGGCCUGCCGCCCUUCGAAGCAACUGAGCUCCUGACGGACAUCUGGAAUGGUUCUGCCCCGUUUGGAUGGUCUGUCCAGUCAGUGAAGGGCCCACCGAGCGCCCGUAUACCCCGUGGACGGCCGCCGUCAGCCUACCCCCUCGCCAGGCAGCUGGUCGCGCUCCUCGCCAAGUGCGGCCAUGACGCUUCCAUUUCCGAGGAUGUCGUGAGAGAGUUGAAGGCGGAGUAUGCCAAGUUGCCGUUCGCUCUUAUUGGCGAAAAGGACGCCUGGAUUAUCAGGGAGCUGGGCGAAGAUCUCCCGGAAUCGCUCUUCAACACAGGAUUACUUCGUCUUGAUCUGACGGACCGCGGGACCGACCACCCAAGCAGCUGGUACACCGCACCGUCGAUCGUUAAGUUCGCUGGCCCAGCGGGUCCGCUGCCGUUUUUCGAAACUCUGCACGAUCUCUUUGAAGCUAGCCGCCUCGUGCUGGGUUGUUGCUUGAUCAGUUGCUUCAAGUUGCGUUGUCUCACUGUGAACCCCACCGAUGUGCUGCUGAACCGCUUGCUCGGUGUGAUGGCCCGUAUCACACUGAUUGUAUUUACACCGGCCGCAGUUGAAAGAUUUCCUGCCGUGGGACCUUUGACUAUGCCGGUGAAGCUCGCCUUUGAUGCUAUAGCUCCGAUCGCAGUGGCCGCAUCUGAAUGUCUUCUUGCCGUGGACCCGUUUCGUAUGGCAUUGAAGUCCUUUUUCGGAAAAACUCUUAUCACAUUGGAUGCAUUUAAAUCCCUUGCAAUGGACAUGUUGCAUGUGCGAUUGAAGCCCAUAUUUGGAAAAGCUCUUAUCACACUGGACGCAUUUGAACCUCUCGCCGUGGACCCGUUGCAUAUGAGCCUGAAGCCCAAAUUUGGCAAACCUCUUAUGACACUGGACGCAUUCGAACAUCUUCUCGCAGUGGACAGUUUCAGUGUGCCUCUGAAGUUCACUUCUAUCGGAAUACUCCUGAGGACAUUGGUCGCAUUCGAACGCCGUCUUGACGUGCAUUCGACCGAUAUGUUGUCGAAGCUUUAUUUCGGUGUAAAAACUCUUGACACAUGA